CGUUUGAUCAAUUUGUCCUGGCGCUGGGAAUCGCGCGCGGGCGUGUUGAGAAAUAUCACAGACACAAAGAAGAACGAAAAGGAAAAAGCCAAAAGUAAACAAAGAAUCAAGCGUAAUGAGCUCUUUAUAGUGAAAGAAAACAGCGGCAAUGGACGUUGACGAGCUUAGGGUGACAAAGGUUGCUAAGCAACUCCAUGAGAGUAUUAUUGAUGGAAUACAGUUACUAGGAAGGCAACAGGAUACCCGUCACAACCUCAAGCGAGUUCUGGAAGAUCUCCAUCAAUUUCAACCUUGUCCUCAUCUGUUAGACCCAUACCUCGACUCUUUCAUCCAUUUGAUCUUGGAAGAGUACACUAUUGACCCGGAGAAUGGGAGUAUCACGGAGGUGUUUUAUAACCUGGGGAAGAUUGUCACUCCGAAGAAAUUACUGAACUUCUUCCCAACCAACGUUGAACUGUUGCCAAAAUUGACACUGGAGUUCUCAUCUCUUGUGCACUGGCAUAGACAAUACCUGCUUUUAUGCUGGUUAACAGUCCUGGUGCUGGCGCCCUUCCAAAUUGAAAAGUUUGGACAAGAUAUAAAGGAGGAUUUGUACAAUAUAGGUGUUGAUAAACUGGGGAAAUCCGGUCCACUACAGCCCUUAGGUGCGAGAUUGGUUGGAUCUCUGAUAAUGAGACACGACUGUAGUGAUUUGUGGACAAAGUUUAUCGACAAUCUAUUGCAAAACUUUGAAGAGUCAGAUGAUGCACUACAAGAGGGACUAUUGCUGGCCUUAAAUGUUGCCAUGCACAAGGAUUCGUACGGAACUAUCCUUCGAGACUUGAACAAAGUUUCUCCAUUUUUCUCAUUACUUUUAAGUCAAACUUCGCACGUUGGUAUUAUUGCCAAAUUAUUGUCCAAAUUCAUGACUAUCUUAAUGCAAUUAGAAGAAGAUGACUGGGAGACCAUUGAAGGUAUCGUAAACUGGUUCCAAGAUAGUUUCCAUAGCAAGAGUAACGAUACCAGAUUUAUACUUGCAAGACAGUACGGGAAGUUGAUAACGAGAGUCGACGAUUGUAUGGGUAUAGAUCUUAUGCUUGACGCAUUGAGCUCAACAAGGGAGCUCUUCUCUAAGGAAUCUUUUGAGACCAUAGAUACAGAUAUACUGCAUUCACGGUUGUUGUGCCUCGCAGAAUUUCUACGAAUGAACCUGAUGAAUCAUCAAGAAUUUCAGGAGAUUUUGGACAUUCUUCAAAGAACACUUUUCUUCCAACAACCAAGAAUAACCUUUGUUGCCGGUUCAAAUAUCCGUGAUGCAUCCAAUUAUAUUGCUUGGUCAUUGGCAAAAUAUUCUAAAAGGCAACUUGAUUCUCAAAUUGUGAAAGGACUAUUCACAUUUUUACUCCUUGUGUGCUGUUUUGACAAGGAAAUCCUCAUAAGGAGAUCUGCAACGAGUGCUAUUCAGGAACUAAUCGGACGUCAUGGGGUCAGGACCUGGGUUGAACUAUAUCCAAACGAUGAAACAAAUCACUCGAAGAGCAUAAGACUCAUUGAAGCGUUGGAUUAUGUGGACCUAGGAUCAAUUGAUAAGUCAUAUCUUGAAAUACCACAAAAGGUGCUAGAAAUUUUCCCAGAUCUUAAACCUACUUUUAUCAAGUUUUUGAUCAAAAAUAUUGAAAAUGUCGACUUUGAACUUGUGAAAUACUCUUCAAAGGCGUUGAAGGUGCUGUUAACAACAGAAAAUGAAACAUGUAAGGAUCAGACAGUGAGGCAUAUUAUCAAAAAUGCAGAUAUUAAGCCCUUUAAUUCAUUUACAGCACUUGCAGAGCUGAUCCCAUUGCUCCAGUCAAGAGAUUCCAUUCAAGAUAUCACUCCAGUAUUUCGCUCAAUAAAGAUCGAUCACCACAAGGAUACACAGUUCGCAAUGCUAUCAUAUUUGUCAUUACUCAAUUCCCUGCUGAACCUUGAAUUACAAUGUGAUGAUCAAAUACUCGAAAAUGUAUUUAGCGCAAUAAGGGUGGAUAACCACGAUGUUUGUCAGAUCUUGAAGGAGGUAGCUCCCAAAAUACACAUACAAGAAAAAUACUGGACGAAGUGGUAUCAUUAUAUGAAACUUGGAAACUUGAACACCGCCUCAAGUGUGACUUACCUUCCAUGUUUUCCUGAGAAAACUAAUGACAUAGCUUGUCUGUUGGAAUCUGAAAAAACAGAUUGUAAUGUCAAAGCUGCAAUUGUGAAUUCAGUCUCCGAAUAUUUGAAAUCUGGGCAAAUGUUACAGGAAUCUUUUAUGCAAUGCGUCUUGAAUGAACUUGACGAUUAUGCUAUAUCUGAACAGGGUGAUGUUGGAUCUAAAGUUCGUUUGGCAUGCUUGAAGUUAGUGCAAAACAACCUAGAAAACCUUCCACAACCAACUUUGGAACUAAAGUUACUGAGAUUGUCAUCUGAACCUAUCGACAAAUUGAGAAAUCUAUCAACGGAACUUUUGCAACGACUUUACAACACCAAUGAGGUUGACACAUCCAGUAGAAGCCAUUUUGACUACUUUUCUGAAUUGUUGAAGUUUUUUAAAACACAUUGGAUGAACUCAAAGGAUUCCAGAAUCGAGUUCUUCAGAGGAUAUAUAUUUUCAUGUGGUGCAUUGAAGGCUACUGAUGCAUUGAUAUCAGACUCUUUGAGGGCAUUUUGUGACUUUUAUACAUCUAUCGAACCGGCAUUACAAAAGGAGAUCCUAUUGAACAUUGCUUCUUUGAUCAAACCGAUACCAGGAAUUAAUAAAAGGAUGGAUUUCAAGUCCCAACAUCUUUCAAAGCAGAUACUUGUUGGUAUGCAAUUCUAUACAAGAAUAUUACUAGCUAAUAUUCCAAUCCCAGAAGAUUUUAACUUGGAUGGUCUAUAUGUCCGUAUCUACAACCUUCAUCUUGGAACCACUAAUAUUACUCGAUUGCAAUGUGCAAUCAAAAUGUUUGGUUAUUUUUAUCUAAGAUCCGAAAUGUUGAAGGCAAAACUUACGCUAAUUUCAAUAAUGACCACGCAUAGAGUUGCACGGGUACGUGCCAUCGCUGCCGAUGAGCUCUUUAUGGUUUAUUCAGAAAAGUUGUCCAUUACAGGAAAUGAAAAAUAUACAAAGGCCAUGGAAGUGAUCCACGAAUUUGACUGGACUUCAAACGAUCGUCAACCUGACUAUACUUUAAUCGAUGUUUGAGACAAAUGAUUGUUGAAGAAUCUGGUCAAUGUGGCGGCGUCGGCUUUAUCGUAUUUGUUUCCCUUGUAGGGGUUGUGUUUAUUGGUGAUUCCUGGGGUAUAAUCCACAGGUUUACCAUCAGUAUCAAUCCAUUCAAUUGCUUUCGUUGCCUGAUAAAACCAUUUUGUUGAUAGUUCCGAUUCCAUCGAAACACUCUCCAUAUAUUUCUUUAUUGCCAUUGCCGUCAAUGGAGACCCGGCUCCUCUCGCACACGAAUGAAGCAGCGUAUUGAAGAUGU